GAAGUUUUCUCCUGUAGUUAAGCAAGGAAAAUGAAGGUGGCCAUUCUCAGUCUGGUCCUGCUGCAGUGUCUGUGCUGCUCUGGGCGUCCCCCACUCCAGGUCGACCUGGCCCCCGCGGCACAGAAGGCCGCCAGCAUGUCCCUGGCCCGGGUCAACACGCAGUCCAGCGGGGCCAACCUGUACCGAAUCACACACAGCUCCCUGAAGAAAGUUAUCCCGGUGGGAAUCAACGCGCAUGACCUGAUGCUGAACUUUCGAAUCAGGGAAACGGUCUGUCCCAAAGCCUCAGACACCGACCCGGAGAAGUGCAAUUUCAAAAUGGGUUUCUUCGUGGCCACGGCGUCCUGCUCCAGCCGAGUACGUGUCUCCUCCGGACUCUCGGAGCUCGUCUCCCUCAGGUGCAGCCGCUCCGACAGCUCCAGCUCCAGCUCCGAGUCCAACAGCGGGGAGGCACUCCGAAGGCUGAGUGGAAUGAGUGGACAGAGCCACUUCGGGAUUGGAGCAGGCCCGGUGAACACCCCCACUCAGAGGACCGCUGUGGACAACCACCUUGGGGGGAAAGGCAUGGAUAACUUCAUGCUGUAAAAACGCAUGGCUCACUGGAGUUCACUUCGCACAAAAUGUCAAAGAUAAUCACUGUGCAGAGGGACAAGUUUUGAAUUUUAG